AUGCAGUGCUUUAAACCUGUUCCUGUAAACCAAAUUAUUGUUUCUCAAACACAAUUACCAAAGACUAAUAACAGUUACAACAAUAUUAGUAUUAAGACACUAAAUGGAUGCAAGCUGCAAAUUUCGCAGUACAGCUUUCUGUACAAUGCAGAAGGUGGGAGAGGGACCGGCAGCCAUAUCAACACCAAAGAAGAUAAAUUCACAGGCCAGGCUCCACUCAGAUAUGAUUUCAAUCUAGAAACAUUUCACGUUCCACCAUUAACAAGCACGACAGCACAGUCGGACGGGUGGAUCCCUUUCCCACCUUUUCUGAAGGUUGAUGUUGUCCCAGACAUAAUCCAAGGGAACAUAUAUGAGGAAUCUGGAAAGGUCGAGCUAAAGUUUAAAUCCAGAUUCUUGGUUUCCAUGGGGAGCAGCUAUAAAGCCCCUCCUCUGCACAUAAAUAUGAUAUUAACAACUGAAGAGCUGAAGGGAGCACUAACUAAGAAGAGCGCACGAGGGAUGAGGCUGGGCAAAAAUGGGAAAUGCAAGUUGGUUGGUGUGGCUAAGGUUGAUACUAUUGAUGACAAUUACAUAAAUUUUCUUCUUGGUCUGCCUUCAGAAUGCCAUGCCAGCUUCAAAGCUAUUAUAUCUUUUUACUAGUUUAGACUCAUAAUAAACCCAGAAUACUACUGUAAAAGGAAUUUCACUGUUCCAGGUCAAGAACUGGAAGAGAACGGAAUGAUCAAUUGAUUAUAGGAUAAGUCAGCCAUGAAAGUUUAGAUGCAAUACAUGGCAGUAUUGCCUAUUGCUUACCCUGUCUUAUAACAAUUGAAACAGCAGCCAAUUGUAACUAUUGAUUAUUGUCCUUCUACACAGCAGAGAGCAACAAGAGCUUUCUUAGUUCUUCUUCA